CUCCUGAAGUUUGCAAUGGGACCGACUCCCGCCCUGGGAGCCCCCACUCUGCGCGAGGACGGGAAGAGCGCCGCCGAGCCGAGGGGGUGUCUCAUCUGCGGCGCGGCGCACCCCGCGAUUUCCCAGGCCGGCGGAGGAGAGGGCGGCAUCGCGGCUGGAGGGCCACACCAUGUCCUAGGGCUCCUCAAAGGCCCCCAAACGCCCCGGGGACCCCUCGCUCUUUGCAAAGAGCCCUAAUUCCUGGGCCGCUGCCCCGGGUCACCUUCUGGAGUCCACGGCCGGGCUGGCCCAGGCAGGGUGCGCCCCCUCCCCUCAGCGGUGAUCUGCUGGCCCCACCCCCGCCGAGACCAAGUUCAACAAGUUUGGCAAAGAAGUCCCAGAGCCUCCAUGGCUGGGCCCGGCCCGGCCGCUCCGCGUGGGCUCCACCGGCUCCGAGUGGUGCAGCUCCGGGCCGGCAGGCGGGCCGGUCGAAGGGCGCCGUCCAUAAGGGCUGAGGCCAUAUACACGGGCAGCCACUGGGCUCCGAGGGUUGGUGUAGAGGCUCCGGGUUUGGAGUGCGUCAUCAGGGAGCAGGCACCUCGGGCGGCAGCUUCAAGGCAGAAUCACAGUGGCAGCUUUGAGAGUUGGACAUCCAGGUCCCUGAAGUGAUCUCUAGGCCCCAGUGUAUUAUCUGGCUUCCCUGCUUGCCCCUCUGCCCUCCACAGCCCCCAUCCGCCACCAUUCCGUGCUGCGGGGACACCAUGGCUCCAGAGGAAGACGCUGGAGGGGAGGCCCUGGAGGGCAGUUUCUGGGAGGCUGGCAACUAUAGGCGGACCGUGCAGCGGGUGGAGGACGGGCAUCGACUCUGCGGGGACCUGGUCAGCUGCUUCCAGGAACGAGCCCGCAUUGAGAAGGCCUACGCCCAGCAGCUGGCUGAUUGGGCCCGCAAGUGGAGGGGCACCGUGGAAAAGGCCCAGCCCUUCCCUGCAGGCCCCCAGUACGGCACGCUGGAGAAGGCCUGGCACGCCUUCUUCACGGCAGCCGAGAGGCUGAGCGCGCUGCACCUGGAGGUGCGGGAGAAGCUGCAGGGGCAGGACAGCGAGCGGGUGCGCGCCUGGCAGCGGGGGGCCUUCCACCGGCCUGUGCUGGGUGGCUUCCGCGAGAGCCGGGCUGCGGAGGAUGGCUUCCGCAAGGCCCAGAAGCCCUGGCUCAAGAGGCUGAAGGAGGUUGAGGCUUCCAAGAAGAGCUACCAUGCAGCACGGAAGGAGGAGAAGACAGCCCAGACUCGGGAGAGCCACGCAAAGGCGGACAGCGCCGUCUCCCAAGAGCAGCGGCGCAAGCUGCAGGAGCGGGUGGACCGCUGCACCAAGGAGGCCGAGAAGAUGAAAACCCACUACGAGCAGACGUUGGCGGAACUGCAUCGCUACACCCCGCGCUACAUGGAAGACAUGGAGCAGGCCUUCGAGAGCUGCCAGGCGGCCGAGCGCCAGCGGCUCCUCUUCUUCAAGGAUAUGCUGCUUACCCUACACCAGCACCUCGACCUCUCCAGCAGCGAGAGGUUCCACGAACUCCACCGAGACCUGCAUCAGGGCAUCGAGGCAGCCAGUGACGAAGAGGAUCUGCGCUGGUGGCGAAGCAUCCACGGGCCAGGCAUGGCCAUGAACUGGCCGCAGUUUGAGGAGUGGUCCUUGGAUACGCAGAGGACAAUUAGCAGGAAGGAGAAGGGUGGCCGGAGCCCUGAUGAGGUUACUCUGACCAGCAUCGUGCCCACAAGAGAUGGCGCUGCACCCCCACCCCAGUCCCCGGGGUCCCCAGGCGGUGGGCAAGAUGAGGAGUGGUCAGAUGAGGAGAAUCCCCGGAAGGCUGCCACUGGGGUGCGGGUGCGGGCGCUCUAUGACUACGCCGGCCAGGAAGCUGAUGAGCUGAGCUUCCGAGCAGGGGAGGAGCUGCUGAAGAUGAGCGAGGAGGAUGAGCAGGGCUGGUGCCAGGGCCAGCUGCAGAGUGGCCGCAUUGGUCUGUACCCUGCCAAUUACGUGGAAUGUGUGGGGGCCUGACCUCCUGUGACAGCCCUUCUGCAGCGUUUCUCCACCUUGCAUCAGAGCCCAGCUUCUCUUGGACUGCCGGACCUGAGGGCCCUGGACCAUGGUGCCCCUGCUGCCCUUCUGUCCAUUGAGGAGGAAGGAAGUCCUGGGACCCGGGGAGGGGAUCCGCCUGCAUCUAGGAAGGGACUGGUAGGGAAGGGCCAACUGAGUCUAGGCUGAGGGGGUAGAUGGGGAGGUCAGGUGACGACAGAAGGGCUCAGGGGUGCCUGGGCCUCUCCAGGAAUGGGUGGGUCUCCCCGGGAGCUGUGGACCCAGUUCCUGGUCUUAGUGUUUUGGGGUUCCUGGGGUGGUCUUGGGGUGAGUGUAGUUCUGGGCUAGCAGCACUCUCUUGUGGUUUGUUCUAGUGUGUAUUAAACUUGGGGAAAAAAAAAAA